AUGGCUGAGACCAAGGCUGGGCUGAGCCAGGCCACAAGGGACACGUCGGUUACCGUGACGACCCAACCCGUGCGGCGGACGAUGGAGAACCGGAGCCUGACCAUUAAGCUGCGGAAGCGGAAGCCGGACAAGAAGGUGGAAUGGUCAACGGACACGGUGGACAACGAGCAUUUGGGACGCCGCUCCUCCAAGUGCUGCUGUAUCUACAAGAAGCCCCGGGCCUUCGGGGAGAGCUCCACGGAGAGCGAAGAUGAGCACGACGAAAGCUGUGGGCACACUCACUGUAUUCGGGGCCACCGAAAGGGACAGCGUCGCCCCGCCACCGCCCAGCUCCCAGCCGCGCUUGCCCUCCUCGCCGACCCCUCCCAACGCCCCCCGGAACCUGGGCUGCACUGA